AUGCCCGUGGCGCUUUCCCUCGCUCUGCUACGUCCGUGCGUCUGCCUUGUGCUCAGACAGGGUGACCGUGCCGGCGGCCGGCGUGGAUCCGAGGCAGCCAAUCACAUGCGCCGAGCAUCUGCCCGUCCGGCCAUUUUCCGCGCGGGACAGCGCCGUCCUUUUUCCAUCACAUCACGCAGACGUCUUGCCACGCACGAUGACUCAUUCAACCCUGCCGACAUCGAAAGAGAAAGCGACCAGGUUGAUGUGUGCAUAGUCGGAGGUGGCCCUGCUGGUCUCAGUGCUGCUAUUCGUCUGAAGCAACUUGCCAAUGACGCCGGUAACGAGGACUUCCGCGUUCUUCUACUCGAAAAGGCCGGAGAGUUGGGUGAUCACAUUGUGUCCGGCAAUGUUGUAGAGCCGUCCGCCCUGGAUGAGUUGCUGCCCGAUUGGAACUCGCCUGAGAACCCCAACCGCUACGAACAUGUCACAGCCGCCACGACAGACCGCAUGCGCUUCCUCACCAAGUCUUACGCACUGCCCAUCCCCGCUCCACCCCAGAUGAACAACCAUGGAAAUUACAUCAUCUCCUUGAAUCAAUUCACAAAAUGGUUAGGAGAAAGAGCAGAAGAAAUUGGUGUCGAGAUUUACCCUGGAUUUGCCGCUUCCGAAGUGCUUUACAAUGCCGAUGGUUCAGUCAAAGGUGUCGCCACAAACGAUCUGGGCAUCGGUCGCAAUGGCAAGCCCAAGGAUUCCUUUGAGCGUGGUAUGGAGUUCCAUGCUCGUGUCACUCUACUCGCCGAGGGCUGUCACGGUAGUCUAACCAAACAAGUCACAAAGAAGUUCGACUUGAGGAGGGACAGUCAGCCUCAAACCUAUGGUCUUGGUAUUAAAGAAGUAUGGGAGAUUGAUCCUGCAAAAUUCGAAAAGGGUUUGGUCGUUCAUUCCUUGGGCUAUCCUCUACCUGCCGAUACCUACGGUGGUGGUUGGAUGUAUCAUUUCGGUGACAACUUAGUCAGUAUUGGUCUGGUCGUUGGACUGGAUUAUCCCAACCCUUGGCUGGCUCCUUAUGGUGAGUUUCAGAAGAUGAAGCAUCAUCCCAUGUACAAGAAGUAUCUGGAGGGUGGAAAGUGCAUUUCCUAUGGCGCACGUACACUGAAUGAGGGUGGCUUCCAAUCCAUUCCAAAGUGCGCAUUUCCUGGCGGUGCUCUGAUCGGCGACACUGCUGGCUUCCUCAACGUUCCCAAGAUCAAAGGCACUCACACUGCCAUGCGUUCGGGUAUGCUUGCAGCUGAAGCAGCCUUCUCUGCGCUGCGCGAUGCAGAUGACUCUAGUCCCGUAUUCCUGUACGACUACGAGGAUAAGCUACGUUCAUCUUCCAUCUGGAAAGAGCUCAAGGAGGUUCGCAAUAUGCGACCUUCGUUCCACUCUCCCCUGAAGCUCUACGGCGGCAUUAUGUAUUCUGGCCUCGAAGCAUAUCUUCUUAAGGGUAGAGUACCAUGGACAAUCAAGCACGCUGGUACCGAUCACGGAGCUACUAAGCUUGCUGCGGACUGUCCGAAGAUCGAAUAUCCCAAGCCAGAUGGCAAGAUCAGUUUCGACAUCUUGACCAGUGUCAGCAGGACUGGCACAAAUCACGAGGAGGAUCAGCCUUGCCAUCUGCACGUGGAGGAUUGGGACAAGCACGCCGAGCUUGAGUAUCCAAAAUACCAGGGUGUCGAGAACAGGUUCUGCCCGGCCGGCGUGUAUGAAUACAUUGAGGACGAGAGCAAACCGCUCGGUGUGAGAUUCCAGAUCAACUCCCAAAACUGCGUACACUGUAAGACUUGUGAUAUUAAGGUUCCUGACCAGGACAUUACGUGGAGAACACCUCAGGGCGGUGAGGGCCCAAAAUAUGUCAUGACUUGA